AUGAUUGUUGGUAAUGGUGGUAUAGCAAUGGAAUUGAUACAUGAAAUUAAAAGUUGUCAAGUUGUUUGGGCAAUCAAAGAUACUCAUAUUGGUAAUGCAUUCUUUGAUCAAGAACCUUCAUCUUUUCUUUAUAAUCAUUAUUAUAAAAAUGGAGAGGAUAAUAAUAAUAAUGAAGAUGAAGAUGAUAAGAAAAUUGAUAAUGAAAUUGAUAAUAAUCUAAAAAUUUAUGAUUCUAAUAAUUUAGAUAUUUAUGAUAAAAGUAAAGUAUCUAGAAAUAGUUCAAUUGGACCUCAAUGGUAUAAUAAAUACAAGUUUAUUGGUAAUGUAGAUGCAAGUAAAAUCAAUCAAAAGAAUGAAAAUAUAACAAUUGAGUAUGGUACCACUAUUAAAUCGAUCGACAGUGAUGACGGUUGUGAAUGGAAUAUAAUGGUUGAACUGGAAAAUGGAAAAUCAUAUGGUUGUGAUUUUGUGGUUUCUGCAACUGGUGUUUUGACAAAUGCAAUGGAAAUUGAUUUUACUCCACAAAUGCCAGAUGCCACCAUUCAAAAUGGUUAUACUGUCAAUGGUGAAACAAUGCAAACUACCAUUCCAAAUAUUUUUUCAGCUGGUGAUGUUUGUAAUAUUCAAUGGAAUCAUCAAACCAACAACAACAACAACAAUCAAUAUCAUCAAAAUUGGUUUCAAAUGAAAUUAUGGAGUCAAGCACGUAUAAUGGGAAGAUAUGUUGCACAAUGUAUAGCAAAAAAAUCUGUAGAAAAAGAGAUCGAUGAUAUUGACAUUAUUAGUACAAGUUUUGAAUUUGAAUUUCGAACAGAUUAUUCGUCAUCUCAAUAUGUUAGAAUUUAUCUUUACAAGGGAAGGUUAAGAGGUGCCAUUUUAAUAGGUGAAACAGAUUUAGAGGAAACAUUUGAAAAUUUAAUUUUAAAUCAAAUUGAUUUAUCAAGAUAUGGUCAAGAAUUAUUAAAUCCAAAUAUUGAUAUUGAGGAUUAUUUUGAUUAA